UAAUUCCCUCUUCGUUGCCCUUUUCAGCCCAAAUCCAAAGCCCAAACUGCCCUUCUCUCUCUCUCUCUCUCUCCCCCCUUCUCUCCCUCUCGAAGCUUUCCGAAAUAUCUUCCAACAGUCUUCUCCCUCCCCCACUCUCUCCUCAAUUCUCUCCGACUUUUUUCAUUAAAUUUGAAACCAAAGGCCCUAAAAUUGUGUGAUUGAUCAACUGAAGUUGUUGAUAUGGGCGAAGAAGUGAGAAUCACCGACAAUGGAGGCGAGGACGGUGGCGGAGACGAGGACCGAGUGGCAGAGUGGGAGGUGGGUCUUCCUACCGCCGAUGAUCUAACGCCUUUAUCUCAGACGUUGAUUCCGCCUCAGCUGGCCUCGGCGUUUAGUAUUUCACCGGAGCCCCGCCGGAGCGUGCUCGAAGUCAAUCGAGCCUCGCAGAACACUCUGUCUAGAAUUCGGGGACAAUCUCAAGCUUUAUCUUCAUCGAACAGCUUCAAUUUCAAGUCUUUCGACGAAAACAAAGCCAUAGACCCGAUGGUUGUGGAAGGAGACGAGACGGAUCUGAGUCGAGAAGGUUCGGAUUUGAGAAAAUUUCGUAAAAUCGAAGGCGGUGUAGGGGCAGAAGAAGCCGACUCGGCUUUACGGACGGAGAACUGCACCGAUGACCCAUCGGCGAGAACUCUAAAGCGACCUCGUUUGGUUUGGACUCCGCAGCUACACAAAAGGUUUGUCGACGUGGUGGCUCAUUUAGGAAUAAAAACCGCGGUGCCGAAAACGAUUAUGCAGUUGAUGAACGUAGAGGGAUUGACUCGCGAGAACGUUGCUAGUCAUUUGCAGAAGUAUAGGCUAUACCUGAAAAGGAUGCAGGGGCCGUCGUCAUCGGAUCAUUUGUUGGCGUCCACGCCGGUGCCGCAGAGCUUAAAUGAAUCCGGUGGGAGUGAGCAUGGACAACAUAACAGUAAUAGCAAUGGUAAUGGGCAUAUGGGGAUGCCGAUUCCGAUGCCGUAUCCACCGCAGAUGAUGCCUAUGCCUAUGCCUCUGCUUGGGAUGAGUCAUCAAGGUCACGGGCAUAUGGGAAUGCCCAUGGCGAAUCUGGGUGCGCCUGGGGGUUUCGAGUCGCAUCAUAAUCCGUAUAAUAUGUUGCAGCAGAGGGAUUGGUCUGGCAAUAAUUUUGGGUUUGUUCCGUCGCUUCACCGAGUUACUCAUGAUGAUCAAUGAUUGUCGGAGAUAGGUUGAUAGCGAACAGAGAGGAGCUUGAGAAUUUCUCAAACCUUUUAACUAUAGGACUCCACUUCCAAUGUGUAGCUUGUUUGAUAAUUCUGGAUCUGCCAGACAUGGGAGAAGUUUUAAAGAAAUCGUUGGAGACACUUUGAUGUGUAUAUCAGUACGAUUUGGGAUUAGUUAAGAAAGAGACAAAGAUGAAACUUCUUUCUGUUCCAGAUUUUUCCGGGGAUGCAUUCAAGUGGAAGGAAGUUUAUGUUGAAAGAAUUCAGGCCUGUCAACUGCAAGUUGUUAACAACAAAGCAAGUUUUGCAUAAGAUUGGCAGACACAUGAGGAUUGGAAUGAGAAACUACCAUUUCCAUAAGGGGGGUAUAGAACUUCGGUGAGGACUUCUAUAGGGGCUAUGCUGUUUUCUUUGGUUGGUGGGUUGGAAGUUGUUCUCCCCAGUGAUAGAAGUACGUAUCAUUUUUAAGGGUUAUUUUCGAAUGUAAGUAAAGGAAUGUGACUGGUGUGAGAAUUUAAAAACUAUCCCUUGGUUGAAGGUAACGAUGAGGAUCAGGUUAAAGAUUCCAAGUGAGUCCCUGGGAACUUUUUUCAAAGAUUGGUACAAAGAACUAGCUUUCAUGGAUGC